AUGACUAAACAAAGUUCAUCUGUAAGUUUUUCGCUUUUCUAAAUUUCGAACCAACUUUCCAAAUUCAGGAAGAAACUAAAAACGAUUCGAAACUUGUCGAUGAUCCGGACAGUGUAUUGAAUGAUAAAACAUUGAAAUUGAAAAUGCCGGCAGAAUUCAAUGAGACAUUUUCAGUCAAAAAACCAAUUGGAGUUCGAGUUCAUAAAGGGGAUUGUCGGGUAAGAUUGGACUGAAUUUUAUGAUUUUUUUUAAGAUCAAAACUAUUUUAUAGAUAACCCACGUGUUAGCCGAGAGUUCGUUGAAUGGAAAAGUUUUUGUUGGUGAUAAUAUUUUGGCGGUUGACGACAAAAUAAUGACAAAUGGCGAUGAUUUGCAAAAAAUUUUGCAGAGUAAUUCGGAGGUGAGAAAUUCCAUGGAUUCACUAACCACAAUUAAACGGAUUCUGACAGUCCGAAUCCUCUCAACUAUUUGAAUGUUUCCUAGAAAUCCGAUUUUUGAAAAUAAUUUUUUCCAGCGCGCCAAGCUUUCAAUCCGCCAUAAUAUGUGGUCUUGGUGUGUUCAUUUGCGAACCACAGUUCAAAAAAUCAACAUCGACAAAGACGUUGAGAAAUGCACAUCAAACCCAGUCAUCAAUUAUUUGGUAUUGAUACGAAUGAAAAAAACGGCAGAUGUUGCAAUGUCGAAUUUUGGACUAAUGGUUCAAUAUGACAAUCGAGAUCGUUUAGAAGUUGCAUCUGUUGCACCACACAGUCUUUCAGCUGUUCAUUUGAGACCUGGUGAUGUAGUUCGAGAAUGUAAUGGACAACGAAUUUGUAGCAAAUCAAUGCUACGAUAUUUGAUGAAUUCAGCGAUUCUAAAAACUGGCCAAUUUACAUUGUUGAUUGAGGCACCGAUUUCAGAUUCAGGAAUGGAUCAAGUUGAAAUAUCAGAUGAUGUUGUGCAGAUUGCUGAUAAACAAAUUGCUGUUAUCAAAUCUCGAAAAACUCCAGCAAUUGGAAAAGGAGCACUGGCAGCAACCAAAAAAGGAUCAACAAAAUCAUUGGUUCGAGCUGAAAUUGCAAAAACAAAAGCAACAAUUCAUCCGAUUGUCAGCGAUUUGGAUCCAACAAAAUUGAAGCCAUGUAAGAAUGCCAAUUGA